CCUUUCUUCAUGCUUUUUAAAUGUUUGUUCCACACACGCUCAACUCCGUGGCAGUAUAAUUCUUUAAAGCUGAUCUAUGACUGAUAUUGUAGUUUUAUAUUUUGUGUAUGUAUAUGUAGGGAGACAUAAAUCAAUGAGUAAUAAAACAUUAACCAGCAGUGGGGUGCCUGGAAGCGGUUGAGCUACAGCGAUCUGUCCAGGAGCUACAUCGCUCAAAAUUAUCACCAGUCCAAACGUGGGUUUGGUCAACGUGGAGAAUAUGAAGCUCUGUCCUUCACUGCUGAUGCUGCUCUGUUUGCUUAGACAUGGACUGAUGGGUGAAGUUUCUCCUGAGAACGCCACUCUGCUCAGCUCUCUUCCACUUAAUGGCACCAGUACUCCUUACCAGGUUGCUCAGGACUGCAACCUGAGCCUGGAGUCUCGACAGGCUCUCGGUGGCGCUAUAGCUCAGCUGGGGCUAAAGCUACUGGCGAAUCUGCAGCCUGGGCCUGAACAACCAAAUGUCGUUUUGUCUCCACUGAGCAUUUCUCUUGCGCUUUCACAGUUAGCUUUGGGUGCCAGGAAUGAGACUAAGGAGCGACUGUUAGGAGCUUUACAUGCGGAAUUGUUAUCUGACUAUUAUGAAGUUUUAAGCUGCCUCCAAGAUCAACUGAUGGUCAAGGCCAUUAAAGUGGCCUCUCGUAUCUACCUCAAACCAGGCUUUGACCUGAAGAAAGACUUUCUGGAAAAAUCCCUUCAACUGUUCAGAUCCGCACCUACACCGCUCACUUCUGUAGACGAAGUUAACCAGUGGGUCGAGGAGGCUACCGACGAUCACAUCAAGAACUUUUUGUCCGUUCUUCCACCCAGUGUUGUCUUGAUGCUGAUAAAUGCUGUUCAUUUUAAAGGGGAGUGGAAGUCUCGCUUUGACGCACGCUUUACCACCAAGGAUCUUUUCUACAUUGACAGACAGACAUCAGUAAAGGUGGACAUGAUGAUGGGGUCCAAACAUCCUCUCAGCAUGUUUGUGGAUGGAGAGCAAGGCAUACAGGUUGCUCGAUUCCCUUUUCAGGGAAAUGUAAGCUUCCUGGUAGUCAUGCCCAUGCCAUCACAGAAUUUAGCAAGAGCAGCUACCAACCUCAACAUCUCCGAUCUGUAUCGACGUCUACCAAGCGAGAUACCAAUGCUGGUCAAACUGCCCAAGUUCAAACUAGAAUAUAAACAGGAUUUGCAACAAGCACUCACAAGCAUGGGAUUGGGUACACUAUUCUCUGGACCUGAUCUAUCCGGUGUUGCAGAGGGUCCACUUGUAGUCUCGGGUGUGCAACAUGCCUCCAGCAUAGAAUUAAAUGAAGAGGGAGCUGUGGCCUCAGCUGCUACAUCGGUCACUCUGGUGCGCACCAUCCCCAUAUUCGCGGUCAACAUGCCGUUCAUCUUUGCUGUGGUGGAUGACGUCUCGCACACGCCUCUCUUCCUCGGCAUGGUCACCAACCCAAAUCCCAGAGCGACUGUCAAAUUAAGUGAUGACCCAGAAACCUUAGGUAUUUUGAACAGCAACAUGCCAAGCGAUAUGCCACAGAAUGAUCACCCGUACUCAGAUAACAUGCUGCAUGAUGAUUCUCAGUGAAUGAGGAAGUUAAGGGACUCCCCAAACAUUAGAAUUGGGGGGAAUUGGCGUGAGAAGAGCACAGAAAACACAUGGACCUCUCUCAGUCACACAGUGUACCUACACAUGCAUGUUUUUAUAAUACGAUAGCCAUAAUACCACAGGACUUGGAUUUAAAAACUAGCUGAUGUCUUUUCACAAACGUUACAGUUUUUUAUUCCCUUUGUAAUGAAGCAACAAUCAUAUAUUCAGUCUGUUGUUGUUGUUUUUUUCACAUUUAUUUGUGCUUUUUCUUUUAUUUGGUCAUUGCAAACUGCAUGUUGUCAGGAGGUUGAGGUGAUGUAGCUUUUUCUCCUCCUCUGGUCUAAACGUUAGCAAUUAAAAUGUCACUUUAAAAAAAGUGUUCUCAUAUUUGCAUCUCUGUAAAAUUACAAUAUUACUGAAAAAUCAACGCAUUCUUUAAGUCUGGGUUUUGUUUAGACAUCCAGUUGUAUGUAAAGCAGAGUUCAAGUAUGGAUAUAACAAAUAAUUAUAUACCUGUAAACUUUCAUAAUCAAGAAUUUUAAUGGUGCAUUACAAUUUGCUUCAGUUCUUCUUUUGAAUACCCUUUUAUGUGGUUAGAAAUUUGUAUUAAUCUAUUUAAUUAAUUACAUGAAUUAAGUGGUGUUGCAGUAAUAAUGCAUUCCAGGGUUUUGGGGGAAGUAAAGAUAAUAAAAUUAAAAUUGAGAUCUGGCUUUGGAGAGUCUGUGUGGGGAGAAAAGACACGUCUGGUUCCAAAGCAUCUGCAUGAACAGGUUGGUUUUUAGAAGAUAUACAGUAUGUUUAGUGUUAUAGAUGGAGUUAAGUCAAUAAAAUGUUAUCAGAAUUGUGAAUUUAUCUACAGAUUGCGAUGAGUUGUAUGUGAGAUUUCCGCUUAUGUAUGAGUAAUUAGAUAUAUUUGUCAUCACAGCACAUUGAAAUUCUUUCUCUUUCUUUCUCCUAGCUUGCUAGGGAUUUGGGGUCAGUAAGGGGGCCAACAGGGUAUAGCACCGCUGGAGCAGAGAAGGGUUAAGAGCCUUGUUCAAUGGCCCAACAGUUGCAGGUUGGGGUUUGAACCUCUGACCAGUAAACUUAACCGCUGAGCCACCACAACCUGAGUGGGCAACAUUACAAAAGUAGAAUAGUCAUAUAGAGACAGUUACGAAAGUUAAGACAGUUAAAGUGACAGGAGCAGUGGCUGAGUGGCUUUAAAGCUUUGUGAAUUAUUAAAAGAAGCAUGGAAAGUAAAUUUCAGCAUUUCCACGUAACUUCAGCUGUUUUACAUUGUCAGAUAACAGAACUGAGGUAAAGCAAGUCCAUGGUAAUCAGACGAUUUGAAACACGGCUGUGCCGCAGAUUCCUAGCGCAGACUGUUACGGUUAACAGCUGGAAAGCAUUCAGCAAGGAGGUCAAGGAAAGAGUAGAAUGUUGAUGAGGCCAAACAUGGGAGGUUUUGGACUACUGGUGAAUGGUCAUUUUCUGUACUGUGGUGUAAAUGUGUGCUUGCAUUUGGUGGGUGGUCUCUACCCUUUAAUUUAGCUUACAGAGUAAAAUUGAAGGUUGGACAUAUGGAUAUAAUGACCAGUCAGUUGUGUGCAGAGUGGGUUUAAAUAUAUGUAUCAAGCAUCUGUAUAAAUACUAUGGAUUUUAAAUAAAUAAAUAAUCUCCCUA